AUGGCCGUUAUCUCGUCUGGUGACGCAUUUAUCCUUGCCGGUGACGGUGGGGGUGACUCUGACCAUCUACUUCAUCUACCCUACUUGUGCUGUCGGGAAAUACGCUUGGCGGCUAUGCUGUGUAUGGUCGNNNNUGUUUAUGAAGGCUAUUUCGAUGACGGCAAGAAGGCUGGUGAUGGUGUUUACACUCAUGGGAAUGGCGACGUUUACGAGGGGAGUUACAAGGAGGGGAAACGGCAUGGUGUGGGGAGGUAUACGAUGGGGGACGCCGGCGGCGGUUACUACCACGGGUCUUUCGCGAGAGGCUUGUAUGAUGGCAAGGGGACGAUGAUGUACUCGACGAGUGGUGAUGUUUAUAGUGGCGAGUGGAAGGAGGGGCUUCGACAUGGUCUUGGCACCUACGUCUACCGGAAGGGGCAGGCAUCGGUGAGUGGAAGGUGGGAAGACGAUAGACUCCUUGAAGGGGAGUGGAGGCUAUCACCCGAUCACAACAGUCCGGUCUACGAGGGGAAAUUUGAUCCUAAGUUCGGUCAGCCCAUAGGUGAUGGAGUGUGGAAGCUGCCCUGUGGAGAGGAGAUCGUUGGAAGGUACAUUCAAAGCCACACACCAUCGGAUGUCACGGAUGAGGUCGUCACGACCAUCCAGUGGGCAUCAUCGAAUGCUGCAUGA